GGCCAGCUAUACAUCUCGGACUCGGAGAAGCACAAAAUUCUGAAGAUCGUCUCGCUGGAGAACGUUGACGAUCCAUCGUCGAACUAUGACGUGAUCGUGGGCAGUGGCCAGCGGUGCAUCCCGGGCGACGAGCAGAACUGUGGCGAUGGUGGGCCGGCCAUCGAGGCACGGCUCUCCCAUCCGAAGGGUCUCGCCAUCGCCGCCGACCGGACGAUGUACAUCGCGGACGGUACGAACAUCCGGGCGGUCGAUCCGAAGGGUACGAUCCACACGCUGAUCGGGCACCACGGGCACCAGAACCGGUGGAGCCCGGUACCGUGCCGUGGUGCGGCCCGUGCAAUGCAGGUGCAGCUGCAGUGGCCGACCGCGCUUGCCCUUAACCCGCUCGACGGUUCGCUCUACUUCGUCGACGAUCGGCUAGUGCUGAAGCUGACCGCCGACAUGAAGGUGAAGGUGAUUGCCGGCAUUCCGCUGCAUUGCAACGAGGAUCAUCAUGCGGCAGGCGGUAGUAAUCGGACGGCGCCAGUAGAGGAACCACUCGGUACGGUGCUGGCGAUGGCGUUCGGACCGAAUGGCGAUCUGUACGUAGCGGACACCAACUCGAAGCGCAUCAAUACCAUCAAGGUGAUUGAAUCGUCGACCGGCUUCAUGAAACCGUUUGCCGGCAAAAUUGACCACAGCAGCCAAGAGUGUGAAUGCCAGGGACGUACGAUGAGCUACCGGCGGAAGAUGGCCAACGGGACAAACAGUGGUGGUGGUGGUGGCGGUGGUAGCACCGCAUCGAACCAAAGCCUAAGUGCCGGUGCACUGGAGCGUGCGGGAGCCGGGAGUGUGGGUGAUGCUAGCGGCCACUAUUCACCGUUAUGCGUAUGCCCGGGUCAGAAUGCAACCGGUAGCCGCAAAGAGUACGGUGACGGAGGAGGAUUCGGUGCCGGUGCUGGUGGUGGGACCGGUGGUAGCAGCAGCACAACCAAUCUGCCCGGUGGCGACACGGUACUGUCGUCCAGCAUUCGCUUCCAAUCGAUCUCCGCCAUCGCCGUGGCACAGGACGGCGUGAUAAAUGUGGCCGAUCAAGGAUCACUCCGGAUCUACGCGCUCGAGCACUAUCUGCCGCAGCACGAUGGCAAUGGGGAGUUCCAGAUACCGUACACGCCCCUCAACGAGCUGUACGUGUUCAACCGGUACGGUCAGCACGUCGCCACGCGGGACCUAUCGACCGGCAAGUCGCGCUACUCGUUCCUCUACUCCAAGAAUACCAGCUUCGGUAAGCUGUCGACGGUAACCGACAGCUCGGGCAACAAGAUCCAGUUCCUGCGCGACUACAGCAACGUGGUUAGCUCGAUCGAAAACGGGCAGGACUACAAGACGGAGCUGAAGAUUUCGGCUAGCGGGCUGCUGACGAAGGUGGCCGCCCGUUCGGGUGGCCAGGGCCGCAAGGUUGAGGUACUGCUGGACUACGAGUCGAACAGCGGCCUGCUGAUCAGCCGCACCGAGGGUCAGGAGAGCUUCAUCUAUCAGUACGAUGACUUCGGUCGCUGCACCAAGGUGAUUGCACCGAGCGGCGAAAUUGUGCACGUGCGUACCGUGUUCGAGGAGCGUCCGGUACGGCCCAAGCAGGAGGAUCUGCUGGUGUCGGUGCAGGGUAGCAUACGGUCGGCGUUCGGUGCCCGCGGACCCUCCAAACCGACCGAGUACGCCAUCACGGGCAGCAUCCAGAGUGUGAGCGUGACGAGGGGCGAGAAACUGACGGUCGGUCGUAUCGGUACGAUCAACCAGACCGUCUCGCUGGCCUUACCGGCCGGUAUCCGACUGGAGGCGGCCGCCAUUGUUACGCAUCCGUGGCUCGAACGCUUCUUACCGACCGAGGCCGAGAUGCUGCCGAUGUGGUCCUACCAGGCGCUGCAGCUUGGCGAGCGACCGAUCAAUGAUUUGCGCUCGAACUACGAGCUGUCGGCCGCCGGCUGUACGGCCGCUGCUGGGCCGGCCGGUGCCGGUUUAACGCCUUCCACCACCGGGGGCCCGAAGGGCGAGCGGAUGCUGUGUCGCGAUAUCUAUGUCAACGAUGCGAAGAAGCUGCGGCUCGAGUAUGAUCCGGUUGGGCAGCGGGAAACGCUCCGCGAUCGUGACAACGAGAUCAUCCUGAGCGUAGCGUAUGACCAGUCCGGACUGCCGACCGGUUUCUACCCCGGCAGCGACGGUGAGUACGAUCCGCUCAACAUCACGUACGAUCGGUUUAACCGCGUCGAAGGCUGGCAGUGGGGACCGGCCGAACUGAGGUACAACUACGACCGACAGGGCCGGCUGGCCGAGGUAACGAGCGCCCAGGAUGGCAUCGUGUCGUACGGUUACAAUGAGGGCAACCUGCUCGAGCUGAUCUCGCUCGGUAGCCAGCGUAAGUUCCGGCUGACGUACGAUCGGAACGGGGGUUUGCGCGAGAUCGUACUACCGAGCGGUACGCGCCACAGCUUUAGCCUCCAGCCAUCGAUCGGUUUCCUGCGCUUCACCUACAAUCCACCGGGUAGCUCACGCUCCUACCUGCAGCACUACGCCCACAGUGGUGCCCUGCUGCAGACGGUGUUUCCGGGCGAUGGUGCUCGCAUCGUGUACCGGUACGACGACGAGGACCGGAUCGCGGAGAUCGUGCACGGUGAUGGUCGGGACGAGUUCCUCUACCAGGCCGGUUCCCCAUCCUGCGAACUCCCGAUGGCGAUCAUCCACACCGAGCGUGAUCUCGAGUUCCGGUGGGACUUUGACUGCGUCGGUGGGCUGCUGGUGGAGGAACGCAUCGAUUUCUCCGCCCGUUCCGGCCUGUCAAACGUGAAGUUCAACUAUGAGUAUGACGACCACUUCCGGUUGGCCUCGAUCGGUGGCCGCAUCGGUGGUCAGAACUUGCCACAGCAGGCCUACGGUUAUGAUGAGCGAACCGGACGCUUGGCCACGAUCGGCCAGUUCGAGGUAAUGGCACGGGGCAGCAGUAGCAGUAGCGGUAGCAGUAGUAGUGGUAGUGGCAGUGACCGCCAGACCAACGCCACCACCGUGAGCGACCGGACCGGUACGUUCAUGCGCACGGUCAAUGGGCGCUUCCUGCUGAUGCAGCUCACGCUUACCAUCCACCGGAUGGAGGUGUUCCGGAUGGAGUUCGGUCACGAUCUGCACGGUCGGAUCGUGCAGACGCGCACCUACACGCGCAACGUCGGUGUCAACACGUACACGAACGUGAAGAACUUCACGUGGGACUGCGACGGCCAGCUGGUGGGCGUGGAGGCCCAGGAACCGUGGGGCUUCCGGUACGACGACAACGGUAACAUGCUAUCGCUGACCUACCGCGGCAACACCAUCCCGAUGGAGUACAACGCGCUCGAUCGGAUCGUCAAGUUUGGCGAGGGCCAGUACAAGUACGAACCGCGCGGGCUGGUGGCACAGAAUGCGCGCGAGGAACGCUUCCACUACAACGCCAAGGGUCUGCUGAUACGGGCGACCAAGCGCGGUCGCUUCGACAUUCGCUACUUCUACGAUCACCUUAACCGGUUGAUCACGCGCAAGGACAACUUUGGCAACGUGACACAGUUCUUCUACACCAACCAGCGGCGGCGCAGCGAGAUCAGCCACAUCUACUCGCCGCGCGACGGUAAGCUGAUGUCGCUGACGUACGAUGACCGCGGGGCGCUGAUCUAUGCGCAGGUCUAUCGCUACCGUUACUACAUUGCGACCGACCAGUGCGGUACACCGGUCAUGAUCUUCAACCAGUACGGCGAAGGGAUACGCGAGAUCAUGCGCUCACCGUACGGCCACAUAGUUUACGACUCCAAUCCCUACCUCUACAUGCCGAUCGAUUUCUGUGGCGGCAUACUGGAUCAGGUAACAUCGCUCGUUCACAUGCCUGACGGGAAGGUGUACGAUCCGCUGAUCGGUCAAUGGAUGACCCCGAACUGGGAGCACGUGGACCAGCGGAUCAGCAAGCCGACCAAGCUGCACCUGUACCGCUACAAUGGCAACGAUCCGAUCAAUCCGGUGCACCAGCUGCAGGAGCAACCGCGCGGCCACUUCGAGUGGAUGCGCCUGAUGGGAUAUGACAUCGAGAACAUGAUCCCGCAGGCGACCAUCGACGAGCGGUUCUAUCGGCAGCACGACCGCCUGGAGAACGCACUGGCCGCACCGAACGUGCUGCGCCGACCGGACGGUCACGAUCGCGGUUCGGUCAUCAGCAUCGGGUCCGGCUUUAUGGCGCACCUGCUCGAGCGCAGUGUCCGCUCGCUGCGUGGUCUGCUCCAGCUGCCCGACUUUGCUGCCAGCCUCAAGUCCGACCCGCUGGCGAUUGGGCCAUUCCGGUUCGGGUCUGGAUCGGAUCCACCAUUCGGGCACGGUAUCAUCGUGUCGCGCAGCGCGGAACCGGAGGGAUAUGCGAUCGUCUCCAGCGUACCGGCCGCCAAUCCAAUCUACCGGGACGUGUAUACGUCCGUGUUCAACCGCACGCGGCUGCUCCCGUUCACCUUCGUCGUGCACAACUCCCUUCAGGAUGCGUUCUUCUUCGUGAAGGAGGACUCGUGGCGUUCGAGCGAGGAUCGGCAGCAGCUGAAGCGACUUCAGGGGCAGGUCAACACAACCUUCCACGAUUCCGUGUCGAGCGGGGCACCGUCGGGUGGUCCCGGCGGUGCCAGUGGUGUCGUCGGAUCGUCUGGUGGUGGCGGUGGUGGUGGUGGUGGUGGUGGUGGCGGUAGCAGCGUCCUAGCCAAGGGUUCGAUCCACCACCAGGACGUCAAGAUACACACGACGAACGCGAUCAUCAACCUCAAGUACGGUACGACGGCAGAGAAGGAACGACAGCGGUUGAUGCAUCACGCUAAGCUGCAAGCCGUCCGGAAGGCGUGGCACCGCGAAAAGGAUCUCCUGCGCAGUGGGCUCAUUUCCAGCUACGAGUGGAACGCCCAGGAAAUGGAGGAGAUCAUCAAGAACGGUUACGCGAACCUGUACGAGGGCGAGUACGUACACGACAUCGAUCGCUAUCCGGAGCUACUGGAGGAUCCAUUCAACGUGCGCUUCACCAAGAAGAAGCUCAAUCAAUCGCGCAAACGGAAGCGAAGAGAAACGGAAACGGUCAGCGCAACCACUGGCACUAGCACCGGUGCUGCUGCAGCCGGCGGUGCCACGGCGAUUGCCAAUACGUUCUAGUUGCUGUAACUCUAGGCGAUAUCGCGAACAAAUGUAUGUGGGAAUGGUUGCGUGCGUGUAUAUGUGUGCGCGUCGGUACGCCUGUGUAUGUGUGUGUGUGUGUAUGUAUGUCUGAUUGCAUGUUUGUGAUAUGUGAUUACCGUGUGCCCUUGUUGGUUCCCUUCCUUCGAGGAUGAUUUUACUCUCCGGAGAACACUCCGUCCAUUGCUCAGUUUCAGCUCCGUUUUGGCUCAGUUCCUUUACCGCUAUCCGAUAUUGGAUUUCGGUAGCGUUUCCGAAGGCCCCCCAAAUAAUGGUCAAAUGCAAAUUCUCAAUGCUUCAUGGCUCCAGUGUGAUGUGUGACCCUUCUCCAUUUUUAAUUUUAGUUUUGUUUUUUUUUCCUCUUCACUGAUAUUACUACAGUAUUGCUACUUUAUUUAUUUGUAAUUCGGGAAGCAAAUGUCUAUCUUAUAAAUAUAAAUCGUAUAUACAUAUAGAAACCCCUGGAAAGGUUGCGAGGGUGAGAGAGAGAGAGGACGAGGAGCGAAAGAGAAGAGCUUUUGUGGCCACUGCGCGCUCGGCCGUUUCGAACUGUUUUUGAAGCUCUAUUUUCAGUUUUGACUGUGUUUUGCGCUAAGGACACGACGAGUACUUGCAGUUGCCCUCGUUGCAGGCAACCAACCAGCGUGGCACCAAUCGACUUGCAUCAAGUCUCGUUAUGGUAGAAUACGUAUACCCUGAGUGUGAUUGUGUGCAGUGUGACACCUUCUAAUGAAUUUGGUGGUUUCUCGUACAAUAAGCGCCGUAUACUGGUGCGCGGUACAACAGGAAACUGGGUUUCUUCGUUCUAGUUUUGAAGUGCGAAGCAUUUUGCGGGCUCAUUCGAUAGGUUCGCGAAAAAGACAGAGACAUGUUUUUGAAUUUGUUUGUUUUCCCCACAUGGGACCGAAACCAUCCUAGGGCCCGUAUGACAUACCGAAGCGCAGCCACCGAAUACCAGGGGUAACAGAUUUGAUCUCACAAAGUCUAACGGUGCGUCGACAGCUCUUCUAAUGCCAGCGACUGUUAGUGGUUCUUUGUUCAUUUUGCUUUGCUGUGCAAAGGGAGCAAUUUGUAUAGACCUGGUCAUACGCCCAACCACAAGACACACGCGAGUACAUGUAUUCUAGCAAAACGAGUGUAGCAGGAGAAGUUGUAGUUGCGUAUGAAGAUGAAGAAGGACCGACUGCAGGAUGAGAACUAGAAGGACCUGGUAACUGUGUGCUAUGAUAUAUAUAUAUGUGUGUAUGUGUGCGUGUGUGUGCGCGUAUGUGUGUGUGCCUGUUGACAACGAAUGAAUGCGUACUGAAUUGUCGUUUGUACGGAGUGAAGUAUGUGUGUUAGGCAGCUAAGCAGCACUCGUCAAACCGUGGAACAAGAGAAGCAAAACGUUGAGGUGCAUAGUUUAGAGAUUUAAAGGCGCCGGGCGAUUGUCAGAGCAGCCAGUCCGAGGCAACCAGUUUGGGAGAAGCGUACGUGGUGUGGAAGGGGACGAGGUGAACGGAGAACACAAUUGCCAUUUAAGUAGUAGUAGUAGUAGUAGCAGCAGCAGCAGCAGCAGCGAGGAUUAAACAAUUCCUUCACCUCUCCUCUACUACACUCCCAUUCCACCAUCCAUCUCCCUGUCAGCCUGAUACUCUGAAAGAAGCGCAAACCUUAGCAAACCGAUCCAUAUGAAUCUUGGUAGGAACGCAGCCGCGAUAAGACGCCGCCUCUUGCCGCCUCGCAAUUGGGGUAAAAGAAACAAAAACGGAAGGGAAGAAAACAUUGUCAUUAGCGAUGCACUUGUUGUUAACAAAUGAAUGAGAAAAGAGAGAGAGAGAGAGAGAAAGAGGAGCGAGAGGGAGAAUAAUAGGGACACUCAACACGGAGCAAGGGAGCAAAUAACCACCCAUAACUCGACCGCCCACCCUUCGGGAUUCGAGCGCAGGAGCAAACGAGGAGAAUGUGUGUAGCCGAGAGUGGUGGAAAUCGUGGAAAAGACUAUUGAUGACUGUGGCAGGGGUAGCAGGGAGCGAACCGAUAGGAUGUUUAGAACCCUAUUCACAUGUAAAACACACAAAAAAAAACAUUAAAAUAUGGUGAUUCGAGCUUUUGAGACUGUCGUCAAACAUUUUAGGAUGAGGAAGUGCGGGAGAAAAUAAGCCAGCAAAUGAAAAUGAGAAGAAGAAGAAGAAGUAGAAGAAGAAAACACAAGAAAGAAUGAUAAAAUAAUAUAUAAUAUACAUAUUAAUUAUGUAAGGAACAAUAAGCAUAUUCGCGUAACUAUUACCGGAGACAGCGGUGUGUCAUGUGUGUGUGUGUGUGUGGGUGGGUAUUGGGGCGACAGAAAUAGAAACAGGCGACCCAGACAGAGGGUACUGUAGUUGUGCAGUGAACCAAGGUGAACACACAAAAAAAGCAUGCGCGUGGAUGCCGGUGGGCGGAUCCGGAUGCGCUUGCGCCAAAUGGCAAACCGAACACAAUAGGAUCUUUAAAAGAAAGUGGAAGAUGGCGAACAGGGG